AUGAGCCAAAUUCCGUUUAAGGUAGUGGCUUCGUUCCCCUAUCAGAGCGAGUAUGAGGAUGACUUGAACUUUGAGAAGGGUCAAGUGAUAACUGUCACGAAUAUAGAGGACGACGAGUGGUAUUAUGGGGAGUAUGUGGACGGUACAGGUGCCAGCCAUGAGGGUAUCUUUCCCAAGAGUUUUGUUGUUGAGGGCGAUGAGGCCCUUAAAUCUGCUGAUCCAAUUGGAGAUAAGGAUGGAGUCGAGUCUAAGAAUGACAUCAAGGAACCUAGGAAAUACGAGAAAGCUGACAUGCAGCUACAUAGCGAAGACAAGUCUGCAAAACCGGUCUCAAUGCCUAGUGUUCCCUCGGUACCUGUGAGUAGUGAUGAAGCUCCUAAGAAAGAGAUGCCAAAGCCUGGCAAGAUCCCAAUUCCUGCUGCCGUUGAUCCCAGUCAAUUCCACGAUGCCGAUACACCCAGAUCAGAAGAUAUCAAUAAAGAAGAUUUGCCCAAGAUGAGUUUAAAGGAAAGAAUUGCCUUACUACAGGAGCAGCAACGGUUGCAGGCGGAGAGAGAUGCCGAAAUGAUGAAAAGAGCUACUGAAAAACAGCAUCAGGAAGCUAGUCAAUCACCAGAAAACAUGGAUGGUAAAGAUGAACAGAAUUCAAAGGCAGAAUUAGAUGACCAUGGUGCACAUUUGGAAAAAACCAGAACUGAGUCAACAGAAAACGACAAUCAAAAUGAUGACCAUCAGGAGUCAGUAACAGAGAACCAAGCUGAUGCAAAGUCACAUCAUGAGGAAGGCAUUUCUAACAUGCCUUCAGAGGAGCCAGAAAUUAGUGGGAUGACUGAUGAGAGUCAACCAGUUCAUGAAGAGACUUCGAAGAAUGGAGAGCAUGCUGAAACAGAGGUUGAGGAGGACUCGGAAGAGGCUCGUAGAGCAGCUCUAAGGAAUAGAAUGGCAAAACUAGCUGGAGCUGGUAGGUUUGGCGGUCCAGUUGGGUUCAAUCCAUUUGGUAUGCCUGCUCCAAUGCCAACUGCUGACAAAGAAUCAACUGCUAGAUCUGAGUCCAAUAUUGAUAGGAAAGAGUCAUCCGAAAUGGAAAAUAUACCACAAGCAGUACCAGUGAUGCCCUUCGCAGAUCCAAGUAAAAACCCGCUACUCAAGAAGUUAACGGAAGAAAAAUUAGAACCAAAGGAAAAAAUAACCGAUGCUGGAGAAGAACAAGCUAAAACUUUAGAUCCCAUGAUGGCAUCAAGCGAUUCUUCUAAGAAGGAACAUAUAUAUCAUGAACUAGCUGGUGAAAAGAAUACGGUUGAUAAGGAUGGUGCUUCGGUAGGGGACGAUGCUUAUCAUUCGGCAAAUGAAAUGAAAGGUUACGAGUCCUCUGCUGAGGAAAAUGCCGAUGAUUUAUCCUCGAAAGUAAAAGGUGUUGCUGGACCUGAAAUGGGCACAGAUUCCCUCUCUGACGCACAUGGAAUAACUACCAAUAAGGAGGAUCCAAUCAUUGAGAAAGGGUUAUCUGAUUCGUCAGAUAGUUCUGAAGAGGAUAGAGAGUCGACUAUUCCUGGUCCUCCACCUGUUUCAGCCGCUGCUGAAGCUUCUAUGCCCCCUAUCCCAGUCAUUCCACCUGGAAGAGAACAACUACAUGAGCACCAUACGAAGGGAAAUAGUGAGGAAGUCGCACCACCUCCUCCACCUGCACAUCCACAGGUCAACGCUCCAAAUGAUAUGACGAAUGAUGUAGAUAUGAUUGAAACAAAACCAAUUCAUCCACCCUCUGCCGGUAAUGCACCAAUGGCCAAAGCUCCUCCUGUGCCACCGAAUCCUCCUAUUCCAGGCACUAUGCCAGCUCCUCCAGUACCACAAGUACCCCCAAUGCCACCGGUUUCAGGGAGUGUUCAAUCACCAGGCGAACAUAUGAAGUCAGCACCGCCGCCACCACCUAUGAUGAGUGAGAGAAGUGUUGAACCACAAGGAGAUAGAAGUAUUCCUCCAGUUCCUAUGUCAGGUAUUCCACCACCGCCAUCAGAUCAUUCAGGACCCCAUGGUGCUCCACCACCUCCACCACCCCCUACCCACACAGCUCAUCCUCCUCCACCACCUCCAACUCAUGCAGCUCAUCCUCCUCCACCACCUCCAACAGCUGGUCAUGAUGGUCAGGCUCCUCCUCCACUACCACCUCUCUCACAUCCUCCUAUGGGUCAUGUUCCUCGUGAUGAAGGCACUGAAACAAGAGAACAUACGUCUAAUAACCCCUUCUCUUCCAAAUCAAGCAGUAAUAAUGUCCCACCCCUACCCAAUGCUCCUGCUCCAGAGCCUUCUAUGAAGUCUUCUAGUAAUGCACUACGUGAGGUUAAGAGCACCACAACUACAGAACUAACGGAUACCACAAGGAUGUUGAGUGUGCCAUUUGACAGUAACACAACUUGGUGGUUAGAGAAGAAAAUACCACACAAUCUGAUUGAUCCAAAGGUUAAAUUUACAUAUGAAGUUGAUGACCAUGAGAUCAAGAAAAGAUUAGGUGAAAAGUGGAUUAUCCGUGACUUUUACAUCUUAUUUGAAACUCUUUCGCAAAUAGUAUUGACUAUUACAUUCAAUGCGAAGAAUCCUCAAGAGACUGUGACGUCUACACAGAAGUAUAUUGCUCCACCUCAUUUUGAUUCCUCAAAGUUGGAUGCAUACGCUAGUAAGUACAACAAUAUGAUUGUACAAAAGGCACAUUCACUAAUCAACUCUAGUUCCCAAGAUUUUGGUGCUUCUGUACUAGAAGAUGUGUAUAAGUCAAUCAUUCCAGUAAUUGGUGGAAGAACUUUUGGAAUUCCGUUGGUGAAUUAUAAGGCUCAGACACAGCUGGAAACUGAAUCGGUUAAGAAAGUUCUUCCAGGUGACAUUAUGGUAAUAAGGAAAGGUGUCUUUGAGCAUCACAAGAAGAUAGGUAAGAAAGAGGUCGUAUCGGUUGGGCAAGAGCGUUCUCAUAUUGCUGUUGUGACUGACUAUGAUUUUACAAAAGAUAAAUUCAGAGUGAUUGAUCUUCAAAAUGGUAAAGUCUCCCAAUCAAGCUAUAAACCUCAUAACAUGACCACAGGCAGACUAAAGAUAUUUAGAGUUGUUGGUAGAGACUAUAUUGGCUGGUAG